CCUGAGAAGAGGUGCCUUUCCCUAAACUCUGAGUCUGAUACUUGAGACUCCUUCUCUCUCUGUCAUUCUGACAAGAACACAAAGACAAGAUGUCCAAACCAGGCGGAUACAGCAGCCAGUCCGACAUUCCCUCCGGUAACAAGCUCAAAAGCUACCCGAACGUCGCUACUAGCAAGGACCUUCUAGAGCCCAACAACCCGAAGGUGGACCCGAAGGACCAGUCAGCCAAGAGCCAGGAGAAGGACCAGAUGGUUGGACUCAACGACAAGUUCAUAGCGUUCAUUGACAAGGUGCAAAACCUGGAGCAGCAGAACAAGGUCCUGGACACGCGCCUGAAGAUCCUGAAGGAGCAGGAGGACUACCAAGGCAACGUGGACGCUGUGGUCCAACAGCUGGCCAACGAGUUGCAGCGGCAGAUCGAGAACCUGGCCCGGGACAAACAGAAACUGAAGCAGGAGCUGGCCCGCUGCCAGGACGAAGUGGGCCAGACACGCAACAAGUACCAGGAUGAGAUCCAGAAGAAGUCAGAUCUGGAGAAUGACUUUGUGAUCAACAAGAAGGAUGUGGAUGAGGGCCAACUGGCAGCCGUGGAUCUGGCUCUGGAACUGGAGUACCUGAUGGGAGAACUGGACUUCCUGAGGCGGGGCUAUGAUGAGGAGCUGAAGGAGCUGGAGUCUCAUAUCCAGAAUGAGACGGUGGUCGUGAAGGAAAGCAACAAAAGAUCUCUAGACAUGGACGAGAUCAUCGACAGCGUCAAGAAACAGUACGCGGACAUGGCCUCCCGUGCCAGAGAGGGGGCAGAGCUGUGGAACCAGAAAAAGAUGAAUGACAUAGUGCUGACAGCAGGUCAGUAUGAGCAGGAUGUACGUGAUGUGAAGAAGGAGAUUGCUGACAUGCUCCGUCUAACACAGAGACUGAAGGCAGAGCUGGAGACCCUCAAGAAGCAGAAAAUAGUUAUUGAGAAGGACAUUGAGGUUGUGGAGGUGGAUGGGCAGAAUGCGUUGGAGCAGGCCAGGGAUAAUAUUGUUGCGCUGGAAGACGCUCUCCGCAGGGCCAAGCAGGACAUGGCCCGUCAGGUCAGGGAGUACCAGGAACUGAUGAACCUCAAACUGGCCCUGGACAUCGAGAUCGCCACCUACAGGAAGCUACUGGAGGGAGAGGAGAUGAGAAUGAAUGACCAUAUACGUCAGCAAGAUUACUAAAACAAACCAACCAAUCCCAGUCCUUGCUUGCACGCAGACAUUGAUUUGCCGUCGAAGCCCCUCCUGACUAUGAAGCCCCUCCCAUUAGAUGCCGUUGACCCCCCAACCAGCCCCAGGAAGCCCCUCCUGACUCUGAAGCCCCUCCCAUUAGAUGCCGAUGCCCCGCCAACUAGCCCCAGGAAGCCCCUCCUGACUCUGAAGCCCCUCCCAUUAGAUGCCGAUGCCCCGCCAACUAGCCCCAGGAAGCGUCUGCUGAUCAGAAUUGAGGUGGAUGCGGGCAGGGUCAUGUCCAAGAGCUUGCACUAUUCCGACAAUUAACCAAGUCCACUGUCACUCUGCUGUCGCUAUAGUAACACGGUGUUGUACCUCUUUCUCUCUCUCUCUUUUCCAUCUAAAAACCAUUGCGGAGUCUUUUGUUUUACGUUAAGGUCAUUGUUUAAUAAGCUAAGGUGUUAAACUUACAAACUUUGUUUUCAACUGCAGUUGGAAGACCAUGUGCGACAGUAACAGGAGCUCUUACAAAAUGUGUCCUGUGCUCUUUUUCAUUACGUUUGUGGUGGGAGAAUUUAUCUGUGCUCUUUUUCAUUACGUUUGUGGUGGGAGAAUUUAUCUGUGCUCUUUUUCAUUACGUUUGUGGUGGGAGAAUUUAUCUGUACUCUUUUUCAUUACGUUUGUGGUGGGAGAAUUUAUCUGUACUCUUUUUCAUUACGUUUGUGGUGGGAGAAUUUAUCUGUGCUCGUGUGACUGGGGAGGCCAUGUCCUCCAAAGCUUGAAUGUCACUGAACCAGGUCCAAAAUAAAAAGAGAAAAUAUUAA